AUGGGUUGUGGCUCAUCUAAUGGAAUUUAAGAACCAUAAAACAAAGUUACUAAGAUAGAAGACACUAAAUUUGCUUAUUAAGGAUUCGUUACUGAGAAGAAAGGGAAAAUCACUGCUGACUACAAUUUAAUUUAACCAUGCCUUGGAAAAGGGGCAUUUGGAGAAGUUUAUAGAGGAGUACAUAAGGUUACAAAUUAAGUUAGAGCAAUUAAAUUAAUUAGGAAGAAAUUGAUGACAGAAGAAGAUUGCUUAAUGUUGACAAGAGAAGUGGAUAUUUUAAAACAAUUGGACCAUUUGAAUAUAAUUUCAAUUUAUGAGUUUUAUUAAGACUCUGAAUAUUUUUAUAUUGUAACAGAAUUAUGUUAAGGAGGAGAAUUAUUUGAUCGAAUAAUUUAAGAAAAGAAUUUUUCAGAAAAAAAAGCAGCAGAGGUCAUGAAAUAGGUGUUAGGUGCUGUGACAUAUUGUCAUGAGAAAAACAUAGUUCAUAGAGAUUUGAAACCUGAAAACAUACUUUAUGAAACUAAUAAUACUGAUUCCCUUAUUAAAAUAGCUGAUUUUGGAACCAGUCAAAAGUUUAAUCCAGAUAAAAAGAUGGAUCAAAGAGUGGGAACACCAUAUUAUAUAGCUCCUGAGGUACUUGAUAGAAAGUAUAAUGAAAAAUGUGAUAUAUGGUCCUGUGGUGUUAUUCUCUAUAUAAUGUUGUGUGGAGCGCCUCCAUUUAAUGGUGAUGACGACUAUUAAAUUAUGGAAGCUGUAAGAAAAGGAGUGUUCAAAUUCAAAGAGUAAGAGUGGAAGAAAAUUUCAAAUGACGCUAAAGAUCUUAUUAUGAAGAUGAUUGAGAAAGAUACAAAAAAGAGAAUCUCAGCUAAGGAUGCUAUGAAUCACAUAUGGAUAAAAACGUAUUGUUCAAAGAGCGAAGAUGAUUUACCAUCUCUUACUGAAGCAUUGUAAAGAAUUAAAGCAUUCAGAGUUGAAAAAAAACUAUAGGAAGCUGCACUUAUGUUUAUGGUCAAUUUUAUAGCUACUAAAGAAGAGAAAAGAGAUUUAUUAAAACAAUUCUAAGCUCUAGAUACAAAUAAUGAUGGGAGAUUAAGUAGAGAAGAAUUAGUAAAUGGAUACAAAAAGGUUAUGAGUGACAUAGAUGCAGAGGCUUAGGUAGAUGAAAUUAUGAAAAAGAUAGAUGCAGAUGGAAGUGGUUCAAUAGAUUACUCAGAAUUUGUAUACGCUACUAUUAAUAGAGAAAAACUACUGGCAACAGAGAGAUUACUCUAAGCAUUUAAAAUAAUAGACAAGGAUAAGAGCGGGGCUAUUACAAAAGAUGAAAUUAAGUAAGCAUUUGGUCAAAAUUCUGGGAUUAGUGAGGAAGUAUGGAAAUAGAUGAUUCAAGAAGUAGAUUAGAAUUCUGAUGGAAAAUUAACAUUUGAAGAGUUUAAAUCCAUGAUGAUGAGGGUAACUUAUAACUAAAGUUGA